AGAAAAAAUACUUUAAUAGCGCGCUAGCUUCGCUUGAAUUGGAUGAAGAUCGCUCUGCACUAAACUUCAAACUCCGAGUGCGACUGUACCCCUAGGUUUCUACAGAUGUGGCUCGGACCAAGUGUUCUUGCGUUCGACGAACUUCCUUAAUCUUCAGCAUGAGUAGAUAUGGCGUUCUGGUCAUGGGGCCAGCUGGCGCUGGCAAAACAACAUUCUGCACCGCCUUGAUACAGUAUCUACAAACGAACAAGCGAUCAUGCUUUUAUAUCAACUUGGACCCAGCUGCAGAAGAUUUUGCCUAUGAACCAGAUGUUGACAUCAAGGAUCUUGUCAGUCUUGAGGAUGUUAUGGAGGAGAUGGGCCUUGGCCCAAAUGGAGGGCUUAUCUUCUGCUUCGAGUACUUGUUAGAGAACAUGGACUUUCUUACAGAUCCUCUUGAGAGUGUGACUGAAGAAUAUCUUAUUAUCAUCGAUAUGCCCGGACAGAUAGAGCUAUACACCCACGUGCCUAUACUGCCAACCUUGACGAAACAACUUACAGAGGGUUCAUUGAAUACUAGACUGUGCGCUGCCUACCUGCUCGAGGCUACGUUCAUAGUGGACCGUGCAAAGUUCUUUGCUGGUACGCUGUCUGCUAUGAGCGCUAUGCUUAUGCUCGGAAUACCGCACGUCAACAUUCUCAGUAAAAUGGAUCUUGUGAAAGGCACGGUCACGAGAAAGGAGUUACGCCGCUUUAUCCAAGCUGAUUUAGACCUACUUGACGACAUUCCUUCAGCAGACCAGAGACUCAACUUUGCUACAGAGGACGAUGAAGAGGCCAUCGACCCGACAGCGAGCGAGAAUGUGAUGGCUGGAGCUUCUUUUGCACGGCUGAACAGGGCAGUUGCAAAGUUAAUCGAUGACUAUAGCCUCGUGUCCUUUCUGCAAUUGGACGCCCAAAACGAGGAUAGUGUUGGCGGCAUUCUCAGCUACAUUGAUGAUGCCAUUCAGUUUCACGAGGCGCAGGAACCGAAAGAGCCAAAGGAUGAAGUCGAAUGGGAUAUGGGGGAUUGAUGAUGCUCCUGAGAAUGUCGCAUCCAAACUCUGUGCAACGUCAUUCCUAUAAAGUGAGUAUUCUUGGAAGGUAAACCUACCUUUUGCACAAUUAGGCCGCUCUACCAUCUAGCAAGGACAGGUGCUGGGCCAAUAAGUUCAAAGUUGGCCGAUCAAACUAUGCAUCCACUCACCAUGAGUUAUUUGUGAUCUUGUUCAGGAAUGAACAGAGAUGACAUGAGACUGCCCGUCAACGACGUAAUCAGUUUACCGCACAGCCAGUAAACGCUCUUUGAAGUAAAUUCUCGAAGGAGGAUCUCUUGUUCUGCUCAGUGUAGCAAAUAACCAGAACAAGGGUCGGAGGUCUCAGGUUGCACAGCUCAUCAUAGAAAAGAAAUUCAUUUUGUACCUUUGUACGCAAGAGGCAGACUGAGGUAUCCAUCUGGGGUUUAAUAGGUACAACUCGAAAUCACUUCACUAGAAAGACAUGAGUGCCUUGGGAUACAGCUGAUAUUGAUUCCACGUCUUAAAUGUUCGUGAGGCGUGAUUUAAAAGCUGGUCGUUUCAGUUUGCAUUUGAUGCCAUUUCGAGAAGUCAAAGCAUAGCUGUGAAAUAUCAUGCUCCACCAAGUCGUCU